GGAGUUAGCGGUGCUCCGGUCCUGGAGCAACAUGGCGGCGUCCAUGAGGGGCUUGUUUGGGGAAUAGCUAGUGCUUAGUACGGCUGUCUUGUCCGAGUCUGACUUGAGGGAAGUUUUCCCCAAGUACCCAGGUUAAAGAAUUGUGUACUAACAGGUGGGCAUCGCCGGAGACCCGCCAUUCGCUCGCGGCCACAGUAAGGAACGGAAUCGUGAGCACUCAGCAAGAUGAGUAACAUCUACAUUCAGGAGCCGCCCACAAAUGGAAAGGUUUUAUUGAAAACUACGGCUGGAGAUAUUGACAUAGAGUUGUGGUCAAAAGAAGCCCCUAAAGCAUGCAGAAAUUUCAUUCAGCUUUGUUUGGAGGCCUACUAUGACAACACCAUUUUCCAUAGAGUUGUACCUGGCUUCAUAGUCCAAGGUGGAGAUCCCACAGGCACUGGGACUGGUGGAGAAUCUAUCUAUGGAGCCCCAUUCAAGGAUGAGUUUCACUCACGAUUGCGUUUUAAUAGGAGAGGACUGGUUGCCAUGGCCAAUGCUGGUCCACAUGACAAUGGCAGCCAGUUUUUCUUUACUCUGGGCCGAGCAGAUGAACUCAACAAUAAGCACACCAUCUUUGGAAAGGUUACAGGAGAUACCGUGUACAAUAUGCUACGCCUGACAGAAGUAGAUAUCGAUGAUGAAGAAAGACCCCGCAAUCCACAUAGAAUCAGGAGUUGUGAGGUUUUGUUUAAUCCUUUUGAUGACAUCGUUCCAAGGGAAAUUAAAAAGCCCAAGAAAGAGAAGCCAGAGGAAGAAGUCAAGAAACUGAAACCCAAAGGCACAAAAAAUUUUAGUUUACUUUCUUUUGGAGAAGAAGCUGAGGAGGAGGAGGAGGAAGUGAACCGAGUCAGUCAGAGCAUGAAGGGGAGAAGUAAAAGCAGCCAUGACCUGCUCAAGGACGACCCGCAUCUGAGCUCUGUCCCAGCAGUUGGAAGUGAAAAAGAUGAUGCAACAGGAGAUUUAGAAGAUCUUUUACAGGAUGGUGAAGAUGACAGUGCAGAGCAUGAUGGAGACAUGGAGGAUGAAGAGAAGAACCUGGUGAGAGAAAGAAUUGCAAAACGGUUAAAGAAAGAUGCAAGUGCCAAUGUGAAGUCAGCUGGAGACGGGGAGAAGAAGCCAGUGAGCCGAAGUGAAGAGCUCAGAAAAGAAGCAAGGCAGUUAAAGCGGGAACUCUUAGCAGCAAAACAGAAGAAAGAAACUGCCACGAAAGUGGAGAAAGAAAGUGAAGAGGAAGAAGCUGCCCCAGAUGGUGCUGUUGCAGAGUACAGGCGAGAAAAGCAGAAGUAUGAAGCUUUGCGGAAGCAACAACCAAAGAAAGGCACUUCUCGAGAGGAUCAGACCCUGGCACUGCUGAGCCAGUUUAAAUCUAAGCUCACUCAAGCAAUUACUGAAACACCUGAAAACAGUGUUCCUGAAGCAGAAGUGGAAGAUGAUGAAGGCUGGAUGUCGCACGUGCUCCAGUUUGAAGACAAGACCAGGAAAGUAAAAGAUGCAAGCAUGCAGGACUCAGACACAUUUGAGAUCUACGAUCCUCGGAACCCGGUGAACAAAAGGAGACGGGAGGAGAGCAAAAAGCUGUUGAGAGAGAAAAAAGAAAGGCGGUGAGAGGAGCCAUGAUGCCAAAGUGAUGGCCCCUGCUGGCUGUCCUGUGGCAGCCAUGUCCUCGGAAGUGCAAUGGCUGUGAGAAGGCUGUCAGAGCCUGUGUUACGAUUUUCAGAAAGCAGGUAUCUCCUUUUAUAAAUCUGGAGUGGUGUAAGCAAACGCUUGUGGUUACUGCUACAUUUUUUUCCCUAAUUGACCUUUUAUAUCACUAAAUCUGAAAUAAAAUCAGUUUCUUUCCAGUUUAAAUGUUAACCA